CGCCUCCCUCGCUCACGCGGAGGCUUAAACAGCGCGUUCGGCUGAACUCUCCUCCCCUUUGUCUCCCGCGAUUUCUCACAUUGGUAAACUGAGAGAUUUUCUUCUGGAACACAGAAAAGAUUAUAUUAAUGCUUAUAGCCAUAUCAUGUCUGAGUAUGGGCGGAUGACAGACACAGAACGAGACCAGAUAGAUCAGGAUGCUCAGGUGUUCGUGAGGACCUGCUCAGAAGCAAUUCAGCAACUACGAACAGAAGCCCACAAGGAGAUACAUUCCCAGCAAGUGAAGGAGCACAGGACUGCUGUUUUGGAUUUCAUUGAAGAUUACUUAAAAAGAGUGUGUAAGCUUUACUCAGAACAAAGAGCCAUCCGAGUUAAAAGAGUGGUGGAUAAGAAAAGACUAUCGAGGCUGGAACCAGAGCCAAACCCAAAGACAAGGGAAUCCACGUCUCCCGCAACAGUGUCACAGAAACCUUCAAAAGACUCUGAAGAAAAACCUGCCCCUGAAGAAUAUCCAGAAAAGACUUUGGCUGAAACACAACCUGAAUCAGGAACGUGGGGAGAUGGCAAAGGGGAAGAUGAGUUAUCGCCAGAAGAAAUACAGAUGUUUGAACAAGAAAACCAGCGGCUGGUUGGUGAAAUGAACAGCCUGUUUGACGAAGUGAGGCAAAUCGAAGGAAAAGUGGUUGAAAUUUCCAGACUCCAAGAGAUAUUCACGGAGAAGGUCUUACAGCAGGAAGCUGAGAUUGACAACAUCCACCAGCUAGUUGUAGGGGCAACUGAAAACAUCAAGGAGGGCAACGAAGACAUACGAGAGGCCAUUAAAAACAACGCCGGCUUCCGCGUGUGGAUCCUCUUCUUCCUCGUGAUGUGCUCCUUCUCCCUGCUCUUCCUCGACUGGUACGACAGCUAGCCUGGGCCGCCCGCACGUGCCCAGAAACCCGCAUGGGGUGCCACCGGCCACGUGUGCCCAGGUGUCCCUGGCGGGAGUGUUUGUGACCAGACUUUAUCACAGAUCCA